AUGUCGAUGAUAAUUGAGAAUAGUCUCCCGAUGGACUCUCAUGUCAACGGGCACGGGAUCUACGUUAAUGGCACCACUAAUGGUACCACCAACGGAUACACUAAUGGCACCACCAAUGGACAUACUAAUGGUACUACCAAUGGACAUACUAAUGGUACUACCAAUGGCACCAUCGACACAAACGGUACACUCACCUGGGAGAAAGAGUUCCUACCACCACCACUUCAGCUCGACGACAAAGCACGAGCUAUUAAGAUCGACUCCCGCCUGUCGGGACUGAUGCUCUGCGGGGCGACGCUGCAGCACGUGGGGGACAUCUUCACGCGGGAGAUCGAGAACGGCCUCCGAGAGCGACCUUCCAGUCUUCAAAUGGAGAACACCUAUAUACCUGAACUACCCAACGGAACUGAGGAAGGCGUCUUCUUGGCUCUGGAUCUCGGAGGCACCAACUUCCGCGUUCUUCUCCUUGAGCUCCGAGGCGGACAGCUCGUCAAGGAAGAUGUCAAACAAUAUCACAUCAGCGACGCCCUGCGAGUCGGUCCCGGUGAAGAUUUGUUCAAUUUUCUGGCUGACUGCGUCCUCGAUUUUCUACAGUCCGAGGGAAUGGAGAAUGACGAACUGUCACUUGGCUUCACGUUCUCGUUCCCGAUGAAGCAGCACUCGAUCUCGUCGGGCGAGCUGACGACGUGGACCAAGAGCUUCAAGUGCAGCGGCAUGCGCGGCGUGGACGUGGCGGCGCUGCUGCAGCGCUGCCUGCGCGCGCGCGGCCUGCGCGUCACCGUGCAGGUGCUGCUCAACGACACCACGGGCACGCUGGUGGCCGGCGCGCUGGCCGACCCCGACGUCAAGAUUGGCGUGAUCCUGGGCACGGGCUCGAACGGCUGCUACAUGGAGCGCGCCGCGCGCGUGCUCUGGGAGGGCUCGGCCGAGCACACCGGCGACGUGUGCGUCGACGUCGAGUGGGGCGCCUUCGGGGAUAACGGCUGCCUCGCCUUCCUGCGCACCGAGUUCGACAAGGAAGUGGACGAUAAUUCACUUCUCGCUACGUCUUUCACCUUCGAGAAGUACAUCGGCGGCAAGUACCUGGGCGAGCUGCUGGGCGCGGCGCUGCGCGGGCUGGCGCGCGACGGGCUGUUCCCGGCGCCGCCCGCCCGCGGCGCGCUGCAGUCCGCGCACCUCAGCCACUUCGAGGAGGACAACGUGUCGGGCACGUGGGCGCGCACGGCCGACACGCUGCGCGCCGCGUGCGGCGUGCCCGUCAGUCGCAGCGACGCGCUCGUGGCGCAGCACGUCGCGCGCGUCAUCUCCAACCGCGCCGCGCAGCUCGUCUCCGUCUGUAUCGCGACCCUGCUGCGGCGCAUGUCGCGGCCGCACACGGCGGUGGCGGUGGACGGCUCGGUGUUCAAGCGGCACCCGCGCAUCCGCGCGCUCAUGGACAAGUACAUCGCGCUGCUGGCGCCGCACCACAAGUUCACACUAAAGGGCGCAGAGGACGGCAGCGGCAAGGGCAGCGCGCUCACCGCCGCCAUCGCCGCGAGGCUCGCCGCGCGGUCUCCCUAGUCUACCACUCACUGACACUCACCAUUGACAUAUAAAAAGACCUGUUAUUUUAACGAGCUAUAAUCAAACUUGUGGUUUGCAUUUUAAGAUA